AUGCCGCCCACCGGUACCGCUCGGACGCGAGCUCUAUUAUGCCGACGAGUGUACCCUUCUCUCGUCAUCUGAACGAGGAGCGAGAGAGAGACGGGGAGAAAGCGGCGGGCGAGCGCUGGCGAGCUAGGGUUAGGGUUCUUGGGCGGCCAAUGGAGUUGCCUGAAUCCUUGAACCUACUCUCGGCUCACCGAUCCGAUGGCAACCGAUCCCUAGCCGCCUGAGUUCAAGCUCGCACUCUCUGCCGCCGGUUUGUUUCUUCUUGACUAGGGUUAGGGUUCCAGAUUCUUCGUCACAUUAGGUCUCUCUUCUUGGUUUGAUGGGGGAGCCAAGGAUGGAUGAUGAUAUGGAUGAUUUCGGCGAUCUCUACGGCGACCUCGAGGAUCGCGUAAAUGCCGGCAUCUUCCGCGUCCAAGAAAAUCAGUAUUCCUCCUCGGCUGAGAGAAAUAUGAGCAGCCCGAAGCCUGGGGAAUUCGAUUCGAUCAGCGAGGAGCUCAGCGAGGAGCACAGCUCGGAUGAUCGGAUUGGUGAAGCCAAUGAGAGGGCGGUGUCUUCCAAUGGGGGUAACGAAAGCCUGGCUUUUGGAGCGCAGGAGAGUGGAAACAGCAGUGACAGUGAAGAUGAUCUCCAUAUAGUUUUGAAUGAAGAUGAUCGUCUGAAGUCGGCACCUUCACAAAGAGAGAAUCUUGGGAGUGGGGGCGCGGCGGUGGGAGAGGGCGAGGGAGAGAAAGAGGAUGAGGAUUUGGUGAUUCUUUAUGGUCCUGAUGGUCUGCAGAAAACUCACAAGUGGGGAGACCAGCUGUUGUCGCCCACUGAUGGGAUGGUGCAGGGUAGCACAGAAAGAGGAGGAGCAGAAAAGGGUAGCUACUAUAGCUGGUAUGUAGGAUCUGAUCAAGGACGAAUCUCCUAUAAUGGAAAAAAUUCAAUAUCUGCAAGAGGUGUAUGGGAUCAGCUGAUGAUGCCAUCUUCAGGGGGUACUGCAUCCUGCAGUUUAAGCAUUCCUGCAUCAGCUCAAAAUGGAUAUGGUUUCACUUUGCCUCGAAAUAGGACCAUUUUUGAUAUAAGUAUUGAAGCAUUUGAGCAGAAACCCUGGAGGCGACCAGGAGCGGAUAUAACAGACUACUUUAACUUUGGCUUGGAUGAGGAUAGCUGGAAAACUUACUUCCAACAGUUGGACCAGUGUAGGCAACAAGCGACAAUGUUUACCCAAUUCCCAUUCUAUAAGUUAUCAAGGCAGAAUCAGGUUCUUGAAUCUGAUCUGGGAUCACCUAAAGCUAUGUUAACUAAGGCUGCUCAAUGGGAACAAAGGAAAAAAAGUUUCUUACAUAUGGAGAAUGUAGAAAGGAGAUUAAUGGGGCUUCAGAUGCCAAAGGGUAGAGCAAUUCAAGUUGAAAGUGGAGUUGGAGAACGCAUACCAUCGGCAGACAUAAGGCGACCAAGACACCGUGAUUCUGAUGUAGUGAUACAGAUUGCUAUGGGUGGUUCUAUGGAGAAUGUGUCAGUUCCAUGUGAGGGAGAACUUAAACAUGCGGAGCAAGGACAUGGUGAUUGCUCAAUGUUGGAAUAUGAGAAUGAGCCAAAUGAAGGAAUGUGGUCUCUAGACUAUGAUGGUCAAGGAUGUUGGGAAACUACCGAUCCUCUUGUGCGUUUCUAUCCUGAGGUGGCAGAAACUAAUUUAAAGGGAGCUGCCGAUGAAGUUAAAGAGAAACUGGAUUACUCGAAGGAUGAAAGUGAGGAUUCUUUGAGAGUGGAUGACUCACUGAUGGAAGUUGAAAUUGCUUCUGGGGUUCAAGUUAUGCAUAGUCUCAGUUCGGGUGAUCUUGAUAGCCAUUCUGGAGCAUUCAAGGAUGAUGGCUGUUUGAAGAAAAUUCAUGCUGCCAUCAGAAAGACAUCUUUGGACUCAGGGACUGCAAUGCAAGAAUCAGUUAGAUCUGAUUGUUAUCUUUCAAAUGAUUCCGGAAUCAAUGCAACUAAAACAGAGAUAGAAGAUAUUAAACGUAACACUUGUGACUGUUGCCUCUCUCCAGAAGGUCACAAUGGUUGCAGUAGAAGUGGACACAAUGUCAUCUCUGAAUUGAAUAUACCUGCAGACAAUGAACAAGCUUCUAGUCAGUUUCCUAGGAAGCCCCAGAAUGAUGUGGAUCCUUUUGAGGUGAGCUAUGGGAUAGGGGAAAGUAAAUGUGAUCACAGCACUGAUAUAAGAGGACAUUUGUCUUCUAAUAAAGAAACAAAAAUGUCAGUAAGUUACAAGAGUAGAAAGUAUGCUGAAAAGCAUGAUAGUGAAAAAUCUUCUUCUAAAUCUUAUCACAAGAAGGGAGAUCAUUAUAAUCAUCCUAGGAUAAACUGGGAUAAGAGAGACUGUUUUGAGCAAAGUGCUGCUGGUGGGGAUAGUGCAAUAAAACACCGUGAACACUACUCUCGUGAAUGGCAUCAUGAUGAUCGAAGGGAAAGAGUUGUUCGUCAUGAGCAUUCUGAUGAAUCAAUUUCAGAAUGUGGUUCCAUUUUCUUGGGAAAGGAUUCAAGUUUGAGGCAUAAAAAGGACAGGGAGAAUGAACAUCUCAUCCGGACAGAUGCUGUAAAUUAUGAAAAAAGAUGUAGAGAAAAACAUGUACAAGAGAUGCACAGAAGACAUAUAGCCAGAUGCGAUAGGGAAGAGGGGAUCUUUGAUCACAGGUUCCGUAGAGCUGCACCUUGCAGUGGCAGAGAAGAAAGAGCCCUUGAAAGAAGAGACAACUAUGAUCGAAGUUCAUGUUUUGACUUGUAUGGAUCAAAUAAGUAUAAUGAAUAUGAUGCCAAAAGGUUGAGACAUCUUGAUGGGCGGCUGCUGGAUUCUCAAACGUAUGAACACCAUUUUGAGGAUGAAAGAGGUUGGCAUGAUGCCAGUCCACUAAGAAAUCACUUAUGUCGGUCAUGCAGGUCACAUGAAAAAUUCGUGGAUCACAGGAAACAUUUUGCUCUUAGAGAGAUAGAGUCCAGGUAUGAGAAAUAUGAAUGUUGUUUUGUUCCAAGCAGCAAGGAUUGCCAUCAUUCAUCUUAUGAAAAUAAUGACAACAAAUUUCAUGAUGAUGAACACAUCACUGAAGAAAGAGGUACAUACGUUGAUGGCAUUGUUCGUGAGAAAAGAUAUGGUCGGCUUGCUAAGCCCAAACCUGAUACUGAUGACAAAGUCUCUUUUAAGCAUGGAGAUCCCAAUUUGUCUUCUAGGGAGGAAUCUUUUCUCUGUGAAAGGAGUUCAAGAAAUGAGAAGAGUCUUGUUAAGCAUCAUUUAGUCGGUGGUAGAAAAUUUUCUGAUGACUGCCGAUUAAGCAAUGCUCGAAAGGAAUUAGUUAAUGAAAGAACUCAAAGAAGUUCUGCUUCUGAGGCAAGGGAACAUGGUAAGUUUGUUUUGCACAAUUUUGAUAAGGGAAGGCAUGAGCUGGCAACUUUAGGUCGCAGCGAGGCUGUUAACAUGCAUCUGAAUGGUUUGAAAAGAAAGUUCCACAAAAGAGGUAAUGAAUUUACAGUUGCAAGUGAAGUCCACAGAGUUGUGACUGAGACAAUAGAUGAAAAACAGAAGGAUUCCAGGCAUAUUGAAGAAGUUCGCUUGUUGGAGGUUCCUCUCCAUGUCCCAAAAUCCGAAGGAACCCAUAAUCGCCCAGCUAGCUUGAAGGAGAGAGUGAAAGAGUUAAAGGAACACUCAGAUGACCACUUUCUUAAGAACUGUGAAGACAAACAUCUUAUUUCACAAAGUAAUGAUGUUGAUGAUAUUGAAGAGGGCCAACUGAUAGAAGAAUCUGAUGAUCAACAUGUGGGUUUAACGACAGAAUAUUGGAAUCCUGAGAAAAAAGUAGCAUUCCCUGCUGUCGAAGCAAGGCGGUCAGCUCAUUUAGAAGAGAAAAGCACACAAGCAAAAGAAUCCACUCCAGAUAAUAAGAUAUAUGGGUUUUUUGACAGCAAUCGUAUACUUGAGACACUGGCAAAGAUGGAAAAGCGCAGGGAACGGUUCAAAGGGCCACUUGCUCUGAAGCAAGGACCUGAGAAGACUCUGAAGCCACAGCUGGAGCUUGCAACUGUAACUGAUGAACUUAAACAACAGAGGCCUGCCAGAAAACGGCGGUGGGGGGGCAUGCAGUGAUCGGACCAUUCAUCUGAGUGGACCAUUAUGGUGGCUUUGUCCCCUGGAGUAUCUGUGAGAACUGCUUAUUGCAUUUCCUGUGAAGUUGAAUAAUCUCCAAUGAAGUUGAUGAAAGACAAAGUGCUCCUGAUGCUAUACUGCUAAAUUCUUUUUUUCUCUUUGAUGUAUAUCAUUAUUUCUUUAGUUUACUGCGUAUUACAGUUCAUUGAAUGUAUGUUGGAUUGCUGUUUAAUUUUAUUAAAAAAGUUGUACAGCUUAAGGUUUUGCUUUAA